AUGAACAACGUCAAGAACACCAGCACCGGUGCCGUCCGUCCUGGCACCGUCUCCCCCAUCAAAACCACCAUGAUCAGCCACAACGCUCUAUGCCGGGACGAGACGUCCCCGGUAGACGUGAACACGCCGUCCUCUGCAUCAAGCAAGUCGGGCUCAAACGGCAGCGUGUUCUCUGAGCCCAGCUCCACAACAACCCUCUUCGUCAAUGACAUCCUCUACACCCGCCAGGAGCUGCGCGCCAUGGCCGAGGAGCUUGACCUUGCCCAGCGCUCCGGCGAGUUCCCCAACACCAAGUACCUCAAUGCCAACUCCAACGUCACUGUCGAUGACUACAAGAAGCUCAUUGAGGUGCGCGGCGCCGCUUCCAAGGCUGAGCGUGAUGUUCUCUUUGUUGCCCUGACGCGUGACCUUCGGGAGCGUGACGAGGAGAUGGACGAGAAGCUAGAGAGGCAGCGGGCACUCAAGCAUGUCAACUCUUGCAUCAAGUCUGUCCAGGAAGAGCAACGUCUUUACCGUAUCAUGCAGACUGCGCUUACCCACAACACUCAUGCCGUUACCAAGACUGAUCUUGAGGAGCUUCUUGUGUCUAGCAUGGCCAACAAGCGAGAUCUUGCCGAGAUAGCAAGCAAAAACGACCUGAUGGACAUUGCAAACAGACUAUCGGCAACUACCAAGACCGAUCUCUCAGACAUCAGGCAUGCCUUGAUGACCGCCAUGAAUAACAACUCUGCUCGUGACUUUGAACUCAUCGAGGCUCGUCUUGACUUGGUCAGCCGGCAAGUCGAAGCUGUACAUGACAUCACCGAGCAGCAAAUCGCAAUAUUGGCCAAACAAAUUUCAGAAAUGACAGCUCUCUUAAGCUCCAUACCUACCAGCCUGACAGGCAUCAUGCAGCAAAUGGUACAGCAUACGCAGCUUGAACAGCAACAACCCCUCAAACUUGAGACUAUCCCUGUCGCACAAGUUUCAACCCUUAGCACUUCAAUGGCGAAGCCCCAGAACGUUGGUAGUUGCCAACGCGUCGAUAAGGUGGGAACACAUCAGCCUAUCGUGUCCAAAUGGCACAGGUCAGUCAGCCAGAGCCUCAAACGCGGCCUCGGCAAGAUAUCACGGAGGAGAAACGCAGCAGUCCAGGAGAUCAUCGAGGUUUCACUGAGGUGA